GUGUAGAUAGUGUUUUAGUUWAGAAGUUUAGAACGUUCAAGUUCUGAAAAAUCUGACACUCUGCUCUUGCUUCACUGCCAUUUUGUACUUUCGUCUGUGGUCUGCUCUCACCGUGUCCACUGAUCGUUGGAUCAUGGGAAUUCRWAAUUUUUACUUACCCACUCGUUGUGCACAGCUAUAAUUGUGCCCACUUAGUAGUGAACAGUUUUAAGUACCGACUAAACUUCUUUUUUACUGUUCAACAUCAACGUAUCGAUCCUAUCCACUCUCUUAAGUGUUGUAUAAAAUGUUGUAUAAAAUAUUCCAUCAAAACGUUUUCGAAGUCGUAGACCUGAGUUCGGCUAUGCUGAUGACGGCGUCGGUCCUCGUCGUUGGAUACGUCUGGACGUGUUUGCGGGCUUCACGCAGGCAGAAAAUGCUUGAGUUGGAGAACACACCGCACAGAGUGCUAUUGAUCACCGCACAUCCUGACGAUGAGUGUAUGUUUUUUGGUCCGGUCAUACAGAAGCUGUCAAAAAUGAAAGACGUACACCUUUUCUUGAUGUGUCUGUCUGUUGGUGACUUUGAAGGUAAAGGCUCGCUGCGCAAAGCUGAACUUUACGACAGCUGCAAGAUAUUGGGCAUUGAAGAGGGCAAUAUACUGUUGUGCAAAAAYACAUUGCUUCCGGACAAUCCACGUGUAGACUGGGACACAGUCUUAUUGUCUGAUAAGAUUGUGGAGCACGUAGAACAAUUAGAAAUUGAUACUGUUUUGACAUUUGACAGUUAUGGUGUUAGUGGCCAUCGAAAUCAUAUAUCAAUAUAUUUAKCAUUAUUUCAUUUGGUUUAUAAUAAAUUGCUUCCAAGUUACUGUCAUUUAUAUUCACUGGAUUCUGUCAACACUUUAAGGAAAUAUAUCAAAUGUAUUGAUGGGUUUUUCAAUAACACCUCAGAUUUUAAAUGUACMAUUUCAACAACAGAACAAAAUUGCGUUACUGUAAAUAAUUCACUUUUUUAUAUUUACAGCU